UUAUAAGUACUCAGAAAAUCACAUCAUGUUAUAAAAUAUAUUUCGGAAAACAGAAUAUAUAUUAUAAUUCUACAAAAAUAUGGAGAAGCGUCCAAAGAACGGUAAAUGUGCAAAGGAGCAAAAGUUAUCCAGACAUAGGGAUCGCAGCGGUACCGAAAAUCAUCAUAAAAAGAUGAAUAGGCUGUUCAACGAUUUCUAUGAUAUCCUGGAAAACUCUCCUCUACCGGAAGAUGCCUUCGAAACCAGAUCGCAAGAGUACCGCCACGCUAUGUUGUGGCUAAAUAAGCUUAUCGCCAUGCAGUGCAACACAGAGAUCGAUGGACAGAUCCGCAAUGCCCACAUGACCAACCUGAGCGUGUGCAUCAAGCAGCAGCGAAUGGACGGCGUAUUCAAACAGAUACCUCCUGUUAAGCUAGAAUGGAUGGAGUUCCAGGUCAACACGAUAAAGUCCCAGUCCAAAGACGGCUUUGAGGACCGCAUGGAACAGACCACUCCCUGUCCGCACACGACUUCGCUGACGCCAUCCGACAUGAAAAUUCAGUCCUUUAAAAAGCCCAUUAAGGAAGCUCAGCACCACAUGGAACAGAUAAGGGAUGAACAUCAACAUCUCUACGACUCGGAGGCAUAUCCGAAACAGACUUCAAUGGAGCCAUUUAAAAUGCGACGUUACUGCUUCAACCAGUCUGUGGGUGAAGAUGAAGAUCUGCAGCUUAUAGAGAAUACCAGAGGCAAAGGUAUUAAUUUUUCUGAUCCGGGGCUAUCUUCACCCCUGUCACAAGUAGAAUCAUCCAGCAUGGAAUAUGGCACUUUCAACCAAACUACUAGCGAAGCUCAGCAUAAUAUGGAAGAGACUAUAAAUGAAUCUCCGCAGCUGUACGACCAAAGACCAUCUCCUCCACCAACUUCACUAAAGCCAUCCGGGAUCAGAAGUUACUCUUUCAACCAGUCUAUAGACGGAGAUCAGCACCCCAUGGAGGAAAACAUGCGUGAGCGAAUUCAAUUUUUUGAUCCGAUGUUAUCCUCGCCCACGUCAUAUGUAGACCCACGUAACAUGGAAUAUCGACCUUUCAACCAGCCUAUGGGCGGAGAUCAGCACCCCAUGGAAGAUCCCAUACAUCAAGAUUCAUCCAGCAUGCAAUAUCGCGUUAACAGACAGUCUAUGGGCGGAGAUGGAGAUCAGCACCUUAAAGGGGAUACCAAAGGUGAACGAAUUAAAUUUUUUUAUCCGGGGGUAUCUUCGUCUUCGUCACAUGAAGGCCCAUGCAACAUAGAAUAUAAAUCUUUCAAUCAGUUUAUUGGCGGUGCUCAGCCUCACAUGGAGCAGACUAUGGAUAAACCUCAAUAUAUUUACAACCAGGGACCAUCUCCGCCACAGACUUCACUGGUUCCAUCCGGAAUGAGACGUAACUCCCUAUACCAGUCUAUAGGUGGAGAUCAGAACCUCAAGGAGGAUACCUUAGAGGAACAAUCUCAACGUUUUGACCCAGGGCUAUCUUUGACUUUGUCGAAUGUAGGCCCAUGCAACAUCGAAUCUCGAGCUGUUAACCAGUUUAUGGGCGGAGUUCAACCCCGAAUGGAACAUCAAGGACCAUCUCCGCCACCAAAUUCACUAGAUCCAUCAGGGAUAAGAUAUAACUCCUACAACCAGUCUAUAGACGAAGGUAUUCCAUUAUUCCAUUCGGAGCUAUCUUCGCCUUCGUCACAUGCAGAGUCAUCCAGAAUGGAAUAUCGCGCUUUCAACCAGUCUAUGGAUGGAGGUCAGCAUCAGAUGGAACAGACUAUGGAUGAACCUCAUCCAUAUCCAACCACGACUUCACUGGAGCCAUCCGAGAUGAGACGUCACUCUUUCAACCAGUCUAUGGGUGAAGGUGAAGAUCUGCAGCUCAUAGAAAAUACCAGAGGUGCAGGUAUUCAAUUUUCUGAUCCGGGGCUAUCUUCGCCUUCGUCACAAGUAGAAUCAUCCAGCAUGGAAUAUCGCACUUUCAAUCAGACUAUGGACGGAGCUCACCAUUACAUGGAACAGACUAUGGAUGAACCUAAACUUCUCCACGACCAAAUACCAUCUUCGAACCCGAAUUCACUGGAUCCAUCAGGGAUGAGACGUCAUUCCUUCAAACAUUCUUUAGGCGGCGAUCAGCACCUCAAUGAGGAUACCAUAGAGGAACAAUCUCAACUUUUUCAUCCAGGGCAAUCUUUGUCUUCGUCACAUGUAGACCCUUGCAACAUCGAACAUAGAGCUUUCAAGCUGUCUACAGGCGGUGAUCAGCACCCCAUAGAGAAUAACAGGGCUGAAGGUAUUACAUUUUUUGAUCCUAAGCUAUCGCCGUUGUCUCCGCCAUCCGCACCGGUGGGACUAUCUAGCAUGAGGCAUCAAUUCGACAAAACGACUAAGGAUGCACCUCAAAUUUACGAUUCAAGGCCAGCCGCUAUGCGAGCGCGUUUUAUCGAGAAGCCCAUACGGGGACCUCAAAAUGACAUGCAACAGAAGUUACGUGGAAUUGCGAAAAUUUUUGGAACGACCAAUGUUGGAGACCAGCAAUUGUUCGAUCCAAAGGGUCUAUCUGGUAUGGAAAAGUUAUCUUUCAAUCAGUCUAUGGGCGGCCCUCAGCACAUCAAGCAAAAGAUUAUAAAUCAAACUCAGCAAGGCGACGAAAAGACCAAAGAUGGUCCUCAGAACUUGGAAUGUCGCGGACCAUCCGGCCUUGAGGUGUAUCUAUGGGAUUCUAUGGGACACGCUAAAGGCAAGUUCAUGGGCGGCUCUCAGAACCUCAUGAUAAAGACCAUGGUUGAGCGGCUUAAAUUCCACGAAAUGAGAAAGAAUAAACAUCAGAAAGUAUACGACCCUAUGACGCCAACGAAAGGCCGCCGACACUUUGGAUGUUCUGUGUGUUCUGCGACAUCCUCUAAAUGCACCCCAGAGGUGCCCACAGUCGUCGAGCCACCUUUUUAUGACGUCAAAUAUCCCAAUACCGCUCGAUCAACAUAUAGUGACGGAUCCCACUAUGUCACUCCAUACCCCAGCAGUGAAGAAGCCUCUGACAGCCCAACUCUCAGAACGAAGGGGACAGAGAAACGAGAAGACGUCCACAAAAACCUGCGCGAGGACAUGCUCCAUAUUUUGAUGUCAGUCCGACGCGAAUUGGGCGUUGAAGUGACAGUCGGAGAGGAUGACUAUCUGGAGAAAGAGAUGGCCCGCUAUAAGGCAGUGCUCAUUAAAACCAAAGAAAAAAAACUUAAAAAAAUAAUGCGGGGUGGGGAUCCCAAGGCCGAGCGCCGCUAUUUAUUGGAGAACAUGGAAAGAGAUCUGCUCUCUGUUUUAAAAUAGAGAGAACAUAAUGUAUUUUUUUCGUUGUUAUAUAUUUUUUGAUUUCAAUAAAGUACGAAA